UUUUCAUCAUAUGCGCAAAAUUUUCUCUAGUCGAACGCAACCAUUGAACGGUGUGACUUGCUUUUGUUUUGUAUUCUUAUUUUUAAAUAAGUUGUGUGUGAUAUUUCUUAUACAAAAGGUGAAAAAAAUGUCGGCAACUGGACUGCUUAAGCUACGACCGAAUGUUGUGAAAUCGUUUUUUAGAACAUACAAAGCUUCGGGCAUUCCGGAAUUGACACAGGUGCGUCACAAUGUAAAACGUGGCAAUUAUGCCACCUUAGAAGGCAAGGAUAUAGCCUUCUUCGAGUCCAUCGUGGGGAAAAAUCACCUCGUGCAAGACGAUUUGCAGGGCUACAAUGUAGAUUUUAUGCGCAGUGUACGCGGUAGCAGCCAACUGGUGUUGCGACCCAGCUCCACGCAGGAAGUAUCCGCCAUAUUAAAAUAUUGUAACGAACGAAAAUUGGCGGUUUGUCCACAAGGUGGCAACACCGGCUUAGUCGGCGGUUCAGUGCCGGUUUGUGAUGAAAUCGUCUUGUCGUUGGCGCGUCUCGAUAAGAUUCUGCACAUCGAUGAGAUCACUGGCAUAGCGGCAUGCGAAGCUGGCUGCAUUUUGGAGAAUUUGGAUUUGAAAGCGCGCGAAUUGGGUUUGGUGGUGCCACUCGAUUUGGGCGCCAAGUCCAGUUGUCACAUUGGCGGUAAUGUGUCGACAAAUGCCGGCGGUUUACGUGUGCUGCGCUAUGGCAAUCUGCACGGCAGCGUACUGGGUGUGGAAACGGUUCUUGCCAACGGUGAUGUGCUCGAUCUCAUGUCCGACUUCAAAAAGGAUAACACCGGCUAUCAUUUGAAGCAUCUCUUUAUUGGCUCAGAGGGUACCCUCGGUGUGGUGACCAAGGUUUCCAUGUUGUGUGCGCCGCAGUCACAAGCGCAGCAUGUUGCCUUUUUGGGUCUAUCCUCCUUCGAUGACGUGCUCAAGACUUUCCGCGAUUCGCGACAGUUCUUGGGUGAAAUUCUGUCCUCCUGUGAAUUGAUCGAUGCCAAUUCCUUGGAUGCCAGCGUUAAUCACUUUAAACUCAACUCACCAAUCGAAGGCUAUCCCUUCUAUAUGCUAAUCGAGACGUCCGGCAGCAAUGCUGAGCAUGAUAUGGAGAAAUUCAAUCGUUUCCUUGAAAAUGGCAUGGAGAAAGGACAAAUCAUUGACGGCACCAUCACCGGCGAAGUGGGUAAAAUGCAAGAGAUCUGGAAGUUGCGUGAACUGGUGCCCGUUGCGCUUAUCGAGGAUGGUUUCUGCUUCAAAUAUGACAUCUCCUUGCCGUUGCGUGAAUUUUAUCACAUUGUCGAGGUGAUGCAGGAACGUGUGGGAAAUUUGGCGACACGUGUUUGUGGCUAUGGACACUUGGGUGAUUCGAAUUUACAUUUGAAUAUCUGCUGUACCGAGUUCACACAAGAAAUCUACAAGUGCAUUGAACCCUUCGUCUACGAGUAUACAUCCCAAGUGAAGGGCAGCAUUAGCGCGGAACACGGUAUCGGCUUCUUGAAGAAGAACUAUUUGAAAUACAGUAAAAGCCCAGCGGCCAUUUUGAAGAUGCGCGAAUUGAAGCAACUUUUGGAUCCCAAUAGCAUCUUGAAUYCUUACAAAGUGCUGAACUGAAUUGUUGUUCGUUUGCAAACGAAGUUGUUAACCUUGAACCUCUUAUAUUUAUUAUUAAAUUACUAAAUAUAAAUAUAGUGUUGUAAAUAUUAAA